CAUCAGCAAACGCGCGCACGCGCGCCAAUUGUUGUAAUUCUGGUUUUCCCUUUUUCUUUUGAAGUAUUAACAGUUUUUUUCUCUGUUACUCCCUUGAUCCUUCAAAUUCUCUCUCGCUGUCCCAACCAUCAUUCCAGUUUUUCUUUACAAUUUUUUAAAGGUUUAGAUUCGUUGAAUGAUGUGAACAAGGAAAAAGUGAGAGAGAGCUGGGUGUGUGAGAUUGAAUCGUAAAAAAAUUGGUGUUAUUUGAAAGAAUUUAUUUGAAGAGAGCGGAAUAGGUAAAUUGGUUAGAAAAUGGAGCCGUCGUCAUCGGCGAAUCAAACGGAGUUCGAUUACUUGUUCAAGUUGCUGAUGAUAGGAGAUUCAGGAGUUGGGAAGAGUAGUCUUCUUUUAAGUUUUACUUCAGAUACCUUUGAGGAACUCUCCCCCACUAUUGGUGUUGAUUUUAAGGUGAAAUAUGUAAAUGCUGGGGGUAAGAAGCUGAAGCUUGCAAUUUGGGAUACAGCUGGGCAGGAAAGGUUCAGAACAUUGACAAGUUCUUACUACCGAGGUGCACAAGGGGUCAUUAUGGUAUGGAUUUCCACUCCUAAUUUGUUUGGAGAAUCACAGUAUGAGAUUCCCUCCAAUGUAACAGUUUAUGAUGUAACACGGAGGGAUACAUUUACAAAUCUUUCUGAAGUCUGGGCCAAGGAAAUCGAACUCUACUCAACAAAUCAAGACUGCAUCAAGAUGCUUGUUGGAAACAAAGUUGACAAGGAAAGUGAGAGGGUUGUGACAAAGAAAGAGGGAGUAAACUUUGCAAGAGAAUAUGGUUGCCUUUUCCUUGAAUGCAGUGCUAAAACCCGUGUUAAUGUACAGCAGUGCUUUGAAGAGCUUGUUCUAAAGAUUCUAGACACUCCUAGCCUAUUAGCUGAGGGCUCCAAAGGUGUCAAAAAGAACAUCUUUAAACAGAAGCCACCGCAACCAGAUGCAACUACAAGCAGUUGUUGCUGAUAUAUUGAUUCUUUAAACUCCCAACUCUCUAACCAGAGUGUCCUGUUCCCAGUUCUGACAGAACUAUUUACGUUUGAUUUCUCUUUGAUAUUGAUAUGAAACAUAACUUCCAUGCAAUGUAGCAUUGUUGCGAAUCAUGUUUAUUUUUUCAGGUC